AUGAGCUCAACAGACAGAAUGGGGGCCAGAGCGGUGCCCCGGCUGCGGCUGGCGCUGCUGCUACUGCUGGUGCUAGGGACGCCCCAGUCAGGGGUGCAGGGGGAGGAUGGGCUGGACUUCCCCGAAUAUGAUGGUGUGGACCGUGUGGUCAAUGUCAACGCCAAGAACUACAAAAAUGUGUUCAAGAAGUAUGAGGUGCUGGCGCUGCUCUACCAUGAGCCCCCCGAAGAUGACAAGGCCUCCCAAAGGCAGUUUGAGAUGGAGGAGCUUAUUCUGGAGUUAGCCGCCCAGGUACUAGAAGACAAAGGUGUUGGUUUUGGGCUGGUGGACUCUGAGAAGGAUGCUGCUGUGGCUAAGAAACUCGGAUUAACUGAAGAGGACAGCGUUUAUGUGUUCAAGGGAGAUGAAGUCAUUGAGUAUGAUGGCGAGUUUUCUGCUGACACUUUGGUGGAGUUUCUACUUGAUGUCCUAGAAGACCCCGUGGAGUUGAUUGAGGGUGAACGGGAGCUGCAGGCGUUUGAGAAUAUAGAGGAUGAGAUCAAACUCAUCGGCUACUUCAAAAGCAAAGACUCAGAGCAUUUCAAAGCCUAUGAAGAUGCAGCCGAGGAGUUUCAUCCCUACAUCCCCUUCUUCGCCACCUUCGACAGCAAGGUGGCAAAGAAGCUGACCCUGAAGAUGAACGAGAUUGAUUUCUACGAGGCCUUCAUGGAUGAGCCGGUGACCAUCCCGGACAAACCCAACAGUGAAGAGGAGAUUGUCACCUUCGUGGAGGAGCACAGGAGAUCAACCCUGAGGAAAUUGAAGCCGGAGAGUAUGUAUGAAACCUGGGAGGAUGAUAUGGAUGGAAUCCACAUUGUAGCCUUUGCAGAGGAAGCUGAUCCUGAUGGCUACGAGUUUUUAGAGACUCUCAAAUCUGUGGCUCAAGAUAACACGGAAAACCCUGAUCUUAGCAUCAUCUGGAUUGACCCUGACGACUUCCCUCUGUUGGUUCCAUACUGGGAGAAGACAUUUGACAUCGAUUUGUCAGCCCCACAAAUAGGAGUUGUCAACGUUACUGACGCGGAUAGCAUAUGGAUGGAGAUGGACAAUGAGGAGGACCUGCCUUCAGCUGAUGAACUGGAGGACUGGCUGGAGGAUGUGCUGGAGGGUGAGAUCAACACAGAGGAUGAUGAUGAUGAUGACGACGACGAUGAUGACGAUGAUGACGAUGAUGAUGAUGACUAG